AUGAAACUUGCAUUCGCUUCGCAGGCACCGCCAACUAGCGAGCCCUUGUAUCGACGACUCCCAGAAGGGGGAACAGGGCCUGCUCUGAGGCCCUCUGCGCCCGGCAAAACGCACAUUAACUGGCGCUACCACCGAGCGACCCCUCCUGUCUCGUUUGGCGCUGUAUGCACACACACACGCUGGUAUUCUGCGGGAUUAGAUGCCUCCCACAGAGCGGAGUCCUUUUCUCCGCGUCAUUCCAGAAGGCUUAUUCCAGCAUCAGCGGCUGCAGUAAGAAUCACCUACACCGACGCAUGCAACUGCAAGUCAACAGGUCCUUUAGGGAAAUUUUUGACUAUCGAUAGUACAGGUUUUGCAAUCAUGGAGGAUCACUUGAGCAUUGCACCUCUGCAUCGCAGUCAUUCCGACAAGGGGGGCGUCUUGGCACGGAGGAGUGCAUGGACCGCAAAAAGUUCCUCGACUAUCCCGACAGCAGACACUGCACUCCAGUCAGCUCCAGCAGCACCCUGUGCAGAUGCGCUGUACAGAAAAGAAGGCUCGGCGGAGGCAGACUCUGUGUCUGUCCUGCUAUGCAUGCUGCCCCCGGAUGGGGUGUCAUCGCACGGAGGGCUGCCGCGAGCAGGCAGCUCGAGAGUGUACCCCCAGGAGCCGCAGCAUCAAGCGGCUGUGGAGGAAGAUCGCGCGUAUUCCUUCCCGCUCGCCGUUGGCGUGGGUAGCAGCCACACCACGUCCUCUCUAGAGCAGCCCUUGCUAGGAGGCUCGGGCAGUGAAACGCCAGACACGCGGCAGCCCCUUGCUGCCUGCACAAACGAAUCCUCAGUCUCCUCCAGAGGCAGCGUUCGCGAGAGACUCCUGGCAUGCCGGGGACCAAGCAACGCGCUCAUCACCAACUCUAGGGUGUCUAGAACCGCACGCAGCUUCCAACUGUCAGAAGCAGCCACGGGGGACGAUGUAAGCUCUUCGGAUCAACAGCCUGAUGGCUCUAGUGCCGCCGAAGAAGCGGGAGAUCAGCAGUACGACAUGUUGGUCUCUAAAUUGGUGCACUUGAGCGAACUUAAGAGAUCAGGUCCUGCAGAAUUCGCUGCGCUUGAGGCUCUUCUUGUUCAUUCGUGCCUCCCGAUUGGCCUGUUCCCUGCUUGCUUGCUUGCCUAGGCGUGCGACUCCCUGAUUGCGGAUCUGACUCCACUCAAGGACGCGGCGGACUGCGUGUUGCACUAUUUCCACGAGCAACCAAGCAGCACUCGCCGCCUUCGGCAAGUCUCCGAGCUGAAACGCCGGCUGUGCAGCACGAAGGAGAGGGCCUGUGGGGUUCAGCGAGCUAUCAGGGAACUCCUUAAUGAGGAAGAAGACCUCUCAAGACUCGAACUCAGCAGGUUCUGGGGCUGCGACGAGCUAUGGGAUGCGCCUCCCAAGACCGCGAAUGCAGAAGACGCGGAAAUUUUAUUGGAGUGCUAUGAACAGGAAGUAGAAGCGAUCUAUCAAGUGAUUGUUCGGACGGAAGACGCUCUUGACGACGCACUGCAGCUGAUGGAAUUGCAUCUAGCCUCGACGCGCAAUGCGUUCCUAAAGACAGAGAUCGCGUUGGACAUUCUGUCGGUUUUUUUUGGGUUUGUUGCAGCUGUCGCAGGGCUCUUUGGUAUGAACAUUAGAAACGGAUUAGAAGACAAAGAGGGCGUAUUCUGGAGCAGUCUAGCUGCAUCUACCUCCCUUUCUUUGGUUGUCCUUGGGGCUGUUUACCUUUGGUUUCGAAGGCAGAAACUAUAA